AUGAAGCUGCUGCUGCUGUUGUACCCGGCGCUUCUUAUAUCCAUUAUUCUCAAUGCAGUGAAGGCAAAUAUUGACCACCCGGUCUGCCGGAAGAAAGGCCAAGUGAUCGACCUGAGCGAUGAGUGUUGUUUGCAGUUUGGGACUUGGCACCAGCAGAUGACGGGAAUUUCCAAGAUAAUCGCCCAUGAAUUGAGUCAACCUCACCAAGUCACCACAGAGGAAAAUCUUAAUGAGGAGAGAGUACGGUGGUGCGAUUUGAACAGCCUGUCAUACGAUGAGUAUGUUGCCUGCGAGUGCCAAGCUUCCGCCAAGCUGGAAUACACAGGUCCCAAUGUCACGGUUCAAUGUGGAACUAAAAAAGAUAUUGCAUCUGUGUUGAGCGAUUACCCCUGUUUGCCCAAGGCAUGUGGUACUUCUAGAGAAGCACACACGUUACUAUUGAACGAGAGUCUCCUGUCAAAGAAUUGUGAGAUAACUACAAUCUACGGCAAUGCCACUCCAUUUUGGCUCCAUGCAGAUAUUGGCAACAUACCAAAAGCCCAGACGAAGACAGAACAGACUCUGCCGCUGGUGGGAUUCCUGGCAGCAACAUCACUAUUGAUUGCCGGAUUGUAUUGGAGGUUUGCUACUCCAGUGGUCAGCAAAGAUGCUCCAACGAGCUUGGAUGAAGUAAUCUGCUUUGACGACCUGGAGCUCACAAGUGCAAAAGGGGCAAGUACCGUGAAAGAGAUACAGAUAGAAGAGCAUGAGCUGACAUAG